UGUAUGAUCACACAAAUAACUCUUAUCAUUGCGUAUCAACAUAAACGUUGGAAGACAUUAAAAAGAAAAGCCAUCUAAACAAUAGUAGAUGGAUAAAUACAUAUAAUCAUUCGUUUUGCAUUCAUGGAAAGCGACGUUGACCAGUACUAUUAAUGAGCCAUUUUUGAUGUGCAUAUGGAAAGUUACACAGACUGCUGAUUUUCGAUUUGUUUUUGCAGCAUUAUUUUUUACAAUCGAGAGAACAUUUCCAUAGUGAAAACAAUUGAAAGCAUCUUCAAAGUGUUAUGUGUCAUCAGAUAUCAAUGUACCCAACUCACCGCUGCAAUGAGUACCAACACACCCGAGGCACGGGAUUUAUUACGCCUUUAUAAAUGUGUUGUCGACACAGGUACGGACGUUCUCACUGCCUUUGCUAAAUAUAAACUAUUACCAACAUACAACGGAAAUUUUAAACAAUAUCUUGAUGACAAAAAACAUGAACUAUUCCAUCUCUGGCAAUCUCAGAAGCUAUUGUGUUGCGCAUGCCCAGCAGCAGGUUGCAAUCUUAAACGAAUGAGUCACAUGAGUAACUGGAUAUUUAAAAAGAUUUAUGAAGAUAAUGGUACUGAGAAUAGGGGACAUAUUGUCCGUAAUAGCAGAAAUAUUGUACAAGUGUGUCUACACAAAUAUGUCACACGAAACAUUGCGAUUCACGAACUUGAUAUUAGUACAAUAUCGUUUCUUCUUCGGAAUUUGGCCAUACUAUCCCAAAACGAAACCACUUCAUUGGAUAUAAUUACCACCACAAGAAGUCAGAUUUGCCAUGCUUAUUCCAUGAACUGCUAUCCCAUGGCCUUAUUGAAUACAGCGUGGACUGAAUUAGAGAAUGCUUUAAUAGAUCUAGUGGAUCCGUCUUUCAAACGGAUCAUCCGAAAAGAAAUCAAGCAAUUGCGCAAAGCUGAUUUAGAGAAGGAAGAAAUAACAGAAUUGAUGAAAAACGCUGAGGAGGUCAAUAUUGUUUUAGUAGAAUUGAAAUCCUCCUGUAAUAACAAUUUCAAGCAUUUUAAAGGUAUGGAAAGCAGACUUACAAAUAUGUCAUUCAAUAACACAGAAGAUAUCAAACAACAUACUACUGAACAAACAAGAGUUUUGGCAACACAAGCCCAACAAGCACUCUCAGAAAAAAUACAAAAUACAGAGGAGAAAUUAGAAAACUGUAUCAAAUUCGAGGUCGAAGAAGUGAUGGAAUCUCAAGAAAGCCGUUUUCAACAAAUAGGAAAUCAGCUGCAUGAAACCAGGACAGAUAUCAAGGAAGUCAAGGAAAACCAAGAGAAAACACAAGUGGAAAUAUUAAGAGCCAUACAGAAUUUAACGCUGUCAGUGAAGUAUGAAAGACCUGUCAACUUACUUGUACCUGAAGAAACAUGUGAAGAUGCAAUGGAAUGUCCUGUCCUCUGGCAAAUAGAAACUCCUGAGCACUGGAACCUAGAAGCAGUAGAAGCAACGCUUCGAAAUCCAUCAAACAAUGAUGAACAAUUUAAGGAGAAGUUUGUGAGGAAAGGCUCUUUGAUUAUGUUGACAACAAUAGCAGCAAGUAUACUCAUUGAUCCUGAAGCAUUUGAAGCUGCGGUCAUAUCAUUCCUUACGAAAAUGAUAGACGACUGUAAUAUCAACACAGACACACCUUGCCGACUUGACGUCACGCUUCAUAUUUUGAAUGCUAAUGAAGUAAACGUCACAUGCAUAUCACCAAGCCCAUCUUCAGACGAAAAAGCUGUUCAAACUGAAGGUAUAACAAAGCACAGGAACGAAUCUGAGAAAUUUGAUGUAGCUUUCUUAAAUGGUGACCACGAAAAAGAAAUCAGAUGGGUACACACCAUGUCAACAUUGUUAAAAGAACAAUAUGGUAUCACAUGUGCUAUUCCAGCUGUAGAUUAUCUGCAUGGUUUUCCAUUAAAAAGGAGACUGAAUCGGUAUCUUAAGAAUUUCAAAGUAGUUAUAUUAACCGUCACACAGAAAAAUUAUACAGAGUAUUACGAUUACAUAGAAAGUGAAAUGCCAAUUAUAGUUGUCGAACUAGAUUAUAUUAGUCAUAUUCGUUGGACGUUAUGGGACUACCCAUAUAUCAACUGUACAACAUGUGCGCAUUUAUGGUUCCCGAGACUUAUGGAUACACUGAAGUCAAAGCUACCCGAUCAUAUUAGAGAAAGGAUUGGAAACGUUGAUUGUAAACUGGAAGUAGAGUGUGAAAGGUGCGAUUCUAUAGCCACGAUUCCGGUCUAUCACUUGGUUGAUUUUAGGAAAGGAUUAAGUGAAAAGAAGCUAUUACUUUGUGGAUCACUUGCCGACGAGGCAUGGUUACUGCUUUUACUAAAUCAGAUGACAAAACUCGGAGAUCCAAACUGGAUUUUUAAGUGGAAUAAACAAAUUGAUAAUAAAUUUACAAAAGUAACCCGCAGUAUUUGUCCUUGAGUCAAUAAAUCUGCAAAAAUGUCCGGCAAUAGCAGAUUACGUAAACGAUAUUGUCAAUUACAAUAUAGCUAAAUUAUAUCCGUUAAAGAUUAUUUCUGGAGAAAGCCCACGAUUAUUUGGUCAUCUACCAGAUUUUAUUGAUGCAACAAGUAUGGACCAGAAAGAGUUAGCACAUCAAAUCUUUCAUGCAGCAUCUGAACAUUUCAAUUUUAGCAUGGAACAAACAGUAUUCCAAACUAAAGGACGAAAAACACAGAUACAACAGAAGCACUCUAGAAAUUGGAAUCAAGAGAAGAUUUAAGUUCCGCCUCUUUUUCAAAACAUUAUUGAAUGAAGAACAAACACUUUUUUUCUGCUACAAGAACGUUCUUCUAAUUGUUCUAUUAAAUAUCUGUAGUGUUUGUGUGUUCGUAUAAAGUCUGUUUCUCUUUGUUACCAAUGCAUAACCGCUCGUAAAAUAAACGUGUUAGAGGCUAAUAAA